ACUGCCGUGCUACGGCCACAUAUAGUUUUCACACUGCGAUAGUGACGGGUUUAUUUGCAAAAAAGAUGUAUAAAGAACAUAUUUUAUUUUUCGUUAUUGGUUGGCUGGCUGUGGGAUUUUUUGCUGCCGAAGAACAUGACUGCCCACCUAACGAAGAAUUCUAUCCGUGUACUACUGCCUGCCCCCCCAACUGUAUGCACCCUGAGACUGACGUAGUCUGCACCAAACAGUGCGUCAUAGGCUGCGACUGCAAGCCAGGCUAUUUGAGGAAUCGUUUCAAGAUUUGUAUAGAAGCUGAUAGUGUUGAGUGCAUUAAAGAACAAUGUGUAAAUGAGAACGAAGUAUUCGACAACUGUAGGAAAGAAUGCCAGCCAACUUGCGCAGAUCGUAAACCAAUUUGCCAUUAUAACUGCGCCGCGGGGUGCGUUUGCGCGCCAGGAUUCAUACGUGACGAUAAAGGAGUUUGUAUUCGUGUCGAGGAUUGCCCGAAGAGUAAUUAAUUCUACUGAUCCCGGGCUACUGGAAAAUUAAAUGUUAUUAACAGGAUUAUGCAUUUCUCUUCUACUAUAAAUAAUAAAUAAUGUUGAGUAAAUAAGAUAUGGAAAUCCAUUUAAAUAACAAUAAUUUACCGAAAGUACUAAGAUCU